UCUAAUUCAUAGAAACGUUUCCUCUUCUUUGUCUUCGUUCCUUUGCAUUCAUCACUCUUUCUCUUAUCCUACCAAUUUCUAUAUCCAUGGCUACCUUAUCUUCUACCACAAAAGAAAGCAACAACCAAGAGGUGGGUGAGAAAGCAAUAGCACAUGACGAAAACGUUCUGCAGAAGCAUGUUGCGUUCUUUGAUAGGAACGACGAUGGCAUCAUUUACCCAUGGGAGACUUUCCAAGGAUUUCGUGCAAUAGGAUGCGGAAUUCCCUUAUCGACUGUUGCAGCCAUUUUCAUCAAUUUCGGACUCAGUCGGAAAACUCGCCCGGACAAGUUUCCUUCUAUUUUUCUACCAAUUGAAGUUAAAAACAUUCAGAGAGGAAAACAUGGAAGUGACUCUGGUGUCUAUGAUAGCGAGGGAAGGUUUGUUCCUUCAAAAUUUGAAGAAAUUUUCAGCAAGCAUUCACGAACACAUCCAGGUGCUUUAACAGCUGAUGAAUUGAUGGGGAUGCUUAAGGCAAAUAGAGUUCCUAAGGAUUAUGGAGGAUGGCUUGCUAGUUACACUGAGUGGAAGAUCCUAUAUGUUCUUUGCAAAGACAAGGAUGGUUUAUUGCACAAAGAUACUAUUCGAGCUGUUUAUGAUGGAAGCCUGUUUGAAAUGAUGGAAAAGGAACACUCAGAAAAGAAAAAGAAAUAAAUGCAGAUUGAUUAUUUGUGUUGGAACGCAUCUAUUUUCUGAAUUAAUUUCUU